GGAGGAUGGGCUCCGAAUCGCGCCUGAUUUUUUCAUGCUCCGCGCCGCACACAUGGCGCGGUCUAUUUUUUACCCGCGUGAGUCCGCGGAUCUAUGCUCGCAGGUGGGCCACUGUUGGACUGGCCUCCGCAUGCGGUGCCAUGGGGCACUUGGAGGCGGGACCGCCCGCAACGGCUCAUGGAGACCUUGCUGCCAUCAGUGGGCAGGAAGAGGAAGAGGAAGAGGAGGAAGAGGAGCAGGAGCUCCCCUGGAUGGAGCGCCCCGAUGGAGCGCCGACUGCUGGCCGCGUGCGGCCCGCGCACUUUUCUUCGCCGGUGGGCAGGGGGCCGCACAAUCGUGCUUUUUCACUGCCGCUUCUGUCCGGCCGCGCCGCGGCGCUACGAAUCGUAG